GUAAAUGCAUGUGCUUGCGUUGCGUAAGGGCGACAAGUUAAGUGACUGAAUCUCAUCCCUGGCACUCGAUUUACGACUUGCGUUGCCUGCAUGAUGUAACAUCAAACCUGCUUAUAACUUCCAAUUAUGAAUUACGGUUGUGGUCAUUAGCUUUGUAGCUGCGGGUGCAGCCAUGCGCCGAUUGCGGGGUUGACUGUAAAGCUGCGAGGGAAUACAUGGGAUGUGGAGCUUCCUUCCUGGCAGGGGGUCGAUCGCACGUGGAUGGACGGGAGUACAGCACAUCAAUUGCAAACCUUGGGGUUGCGCUGAGCUUGUCUUCGAAGACCGCUUCCGUUGGAGAGCUGAAGGUGUUUCAUCGAGAAUUCAAGGACAUAAAGAAUUUUUACUCGUUCGGGAAACUUAUCGGCAAGGGCCAGUUCGGCUCAGUUCGUGUGGUAACAGACAAGUCCUCUGGCGCUAAGCUGGCCUGCAAGUCUAUAUCCAAGCGGCGGCUGCACUGUCAGGGGGCGGGGCCAGAGGACGUGCUGCGGGAGGUGCAGAUCAUGUACCACGUGGCGGGACAUCCGAAUAUUGUGACGAUAAAGGAUGUGUAUGAGGACAGCUGUUACGUGCACCUGGUUCAGGAGCUGUGUACGGGGGGUGAGCUGUUCGACUCGAUCAUUGCGCGCGGCCACUACUCGGAGCGAGACGCCGCCGCGGCCUUCCGCAGCAUCGCCUCGGUGGUGGCGCACUGCCACAACAUGGGGGUCAUGCACCGGGACAUAAAGCCGGAGAAUUUCCUGCUCAGCAAUCGGUCUGCUGACGCCACCAUCAAAGCAACGGACUUCGGGAUCAGUGUGUUUUUCUCCGAGGGACAGGUGUUCAGGGAUGUGGUAGGAUCCGCCUUCUACGUGGCACCAGAGGUGCUCCGAAAACGGUACGACAAACGUGCUGACGUGUGGAGUCUGGGUGUACUGCUGUACAUCAUGCUGUGCGGCUUACCGCCCUUCUUCGCGGAGACGGAGCGGGAGAUUUUUUCCGCCAUUCUCAGCCGGGAAGUGCUCUUCGAAGGGGAGCCCUGGAGCCAUGUGUCGGAGGGCGCCAAGGACGUCAUUCGGAAAAUGCUGGAGCGCAACCCCGCCCUCCGGGCCACCGCCUCGGAGGUUCUGGAGCACGAAUGGGUACGAGAGGACGGUACGGCAGAUGCGUCCCCCAUAGACAACGAGGUGCUGCGGAGGCUGCAAAACUUUGGAGCACUGAACAAGCUGCAACAGGAGGCGUUGAAGGUCAUCGCCACCAACCUGCCUGAGCCCGAGGUGAUGGGCUUGAGGGCCUUAUUUCGGGAAAUGGAUUCGGAUGGCUCGGGGAACAUUACCGUACAGGAGUUACGACAGGUGCGUGGGGUGUUUGGCAAUGGGGGGGAGGGGGAACUACCAAAAGGUAUUCCAGAGGGAGGGGGUGGUGGGGACGAGCCGUAUGAACGCGAGUUCUUGGCCGCCACAAUGAACCAGAAAGAUAAACUCGAGCGGCAAGAGAACUUGUACAGGGCCUUCAGAUUCUUUGAUGCAGGUCAGUUGCGACAAAAAGUUUUGCUGCUGUGUCGCGACACAGCAAAACACGAUAGCGCACAGCCGGGUGGAUGA